AUGACACCUGCUCUCGCAUUCUUUUAUGGUGGUAUGGUACAUCGAAAGAAUAUUUUAAAUCAAUUGUUUUUAUCUAUUAUAUGUAUGGGUAUUGUAAUCGUUCAAUGGAUAUUAUUUGGUUUUUCAUUUGCAUUCGGACCACCUGUUAGCGAAGGCUUUGGCUCUUUUAGAUGGGCGGUAUUGAGAUUUGGAGAAGGGUUUAAUCCAAAAUAUUCACCAACUUAUCCGUUAUUAACCUACUGUGCAUAUGAAUGUACAUUCGCCAUUAUUACACCUGCACUUAUCAGCGGUAGUAUUGUUGGUCGAAUGAAAUUAGUCCCGUAUAUGAUAUUUAUCUUUCUUUGGACGACAAUCUGUUAUGAUCCAUUAGCUCAUUGGGUAUGGUCCUCGAAUGGUUGGCUAAAAUCUUUAGGCACACUCGACUUUGCUGGUGGCACAGUCGUACACAUAUCAAGCGGUGUUUCGGGACUUGUGGCAUCAGCUAUUCUGGGUCAUCGUGUCGAUUAUGAUUCACAUGAACCUGCGCAUAAUUUGCCAUUUACAAUAUUGGGUGCAAGUCUAUUGUGGGUAGGAUGGAUGGGAUUCAAUGCUGGUUCGGCAAAUGCAGCAAACGGAAUCGCUGCUUUGGCUCUCAUUAAUACGAAUACUGCUGCAGCAUCGGCUCUCAUGACAUGGGUUAUUCUUGAUGCUAUUCAUGGAUCAGUGACAAUUAGCGGCGCCUGUAUUGGUCCUGUAGUUGGUCUCGUAGCAAUCACUCCUGCUUGUGGUUAUGUACAACCCGGCUGGGCCCUUCUCAUUGGAAUCAUUGGAUCUCUACGUGUCUAUUUUGCAUAUCAAUUCAGAAAAUAUAUGAGAAUCGAUGAUGCAUUGGAUGUCGCUAUUUGUCAUGGCCUGGGUGGAACGGUAGGAGCAUUCUGUACGGGACUGUUUUCUCAGAGGGAUAUGAAUCCCGAUGGUGGAGUAAAUGGUGCGUUUUAUGGACGCCCAAUUCAAUUAUGGUAUCAGAUUGCUGGAAUACUAACUGCCGUCGCUUUUGCAGCUGCGUGUACAACAGGUAUUUUAUUACCGAUGAAACUCCUGUACAAUAUUCGGGUUGCUCCAGAAGAUGAGAUAGCUGGUUUAGACAAAGCAGCUCAUGGUGAAAGUUGGGAAGCAUUUGCUUCGUUGGCUGCGAAAAGUCUGAUGAACAAAAUAAAGGAAGACGGUGCAUCACCCGAUGGUACAUUUGAGAUGCAAUAUCAACCAAGGAAUUCGGCCGCGAAAGCGGUUACAGUUAAACUAACAGUGAUGAGCGCAUUACCACGUUUUACACCUGUACUGAAAGUGCCCGAAGGUUGGUCAGCUGAAAAGCUAAGAAUGCCUGAAACAAAAGAUGAUGAGAAAGGCCAUCAUUCGACUAUCGAACUAGAACUCUAA